UAUCAGCCCUUCAUUUUGUUUCUCCUUCGCCUUCCCCCGAACAAGAUAACACACUAUACAAUCCUCACUCUGAAUCAUCUUCUCUAUCGAUUUCGAAACCCUAGAUUCCCCCAAUUCCCUCUCCCAUGGCGAUUUCUUCUCCCGCCGCUUCUUCCUCCACAUCAUCCAGGCUCUUCUGCUCCUACGCCUCCUCCCCUUCCCCUUCUCUUUGCCCCGCCUCGUCCAUUUCCACUGCCAAUAAGCCCAAAUCCCUAACCCUUUCUUCCUCAUUCCUCCCUUCUUACUCCCUCUCCUCCUCCUCCUUCUCCGCCCUCUCCUGCCGCUCCCGACGCGCGUUCACCGUACGCGCCGCCCGUGAGAAGUUCGAGCGGAAGAAGCCCCACGUGAACAUCGGCACGAUUGGCCACGUUGACCAUGGGAAGACCACAUUGACUGCCGCCCUCACCAUGGCCCUUGCCUCCACCGGAGGCGGCGCCCCGAAGAAGUAUGACGAGAUUGACGCCGCUCCUGAGGAGAGGGCUCGUGGUAUCACCAUCAACACGGCUACGGUCGAGUACGAGACUGAGAACCGUCACUAUGCUCACGUCGAUUGCCCUGGACACGCCGAUUACGUCAAGAACAUGAUUACCGGCGCUGCGCAAAUGGACGGAGCUAUCCUCGUCGUCUCCGGCGCCGACGGCCCGAUGCCGCAGACUAAGGAGCAUAUCCUUCUUGCGAAGCAGGUAGGUGUUCCCAACAUGGUUGUCUUCCUCAACAAGGAGGACCAGGUUGAUGACAGUGAAUUACUCGAGCUCGUGGAGCUUGAGGUGCGUGAGCUUCUCUCUUCGUAUGAGUUUCCCGGUGAUGAUAUCCCGAUUAUCUCCGGUUCGGCUCUAUUAGCUUUGGAAUCUUUGACUGAAAAUCCUAGUUUGAAGAGGGGUGAGAACAAAUGGGUCGACAAAAUUUACGAACUUAUGGACGCUGUUGACAGUUACAUCCCAAUUCCGCAGAGGCAGACUGAUCUGCCGUUCUUGUUAGCCGUUGAAGAUGUCUUCUCUAUCACUGGUCGAGGUACAGUUGCCACUGGUCGUGUUGAGAGAGGUACGGUUAAGGUGGGAGAAACCGUGGAUCUAGUAGGAUUGAGGGAAACCAGGAACUUCACAGUUACUGGUGUGGAAAUGUUCCAGAAGAUCCUUGAUGAAGCUAUGGCCGGAGAUAAUGUCGGGCUAUUGCUUAGGGGAGUCCAAAAGGCUGACAUUCAGAGAGGAAUGGUGUUGGCCAAGCCGGGAUCGAUAACUCCGCACACAAAGUUUGAGGCGAUUGUGUAUGUGUUGAAGAAAGAGGAAGGAGGAAGGCAUUCGCCGUUCUUUGCGGGAUACAGGCCACAAUUCUACAUGAGAACAACUGAUGUAACUGGUAAAGUGACAAAGAUUAUGAAUGACAAGGAUGAGGAGUCUAAGAUGGUAAUGCCGGGUGACCGUGUGAAAAUGGUGGUGGAGCUCAUCGUGCCGGUUGCUUGUGAGCAGGGAAUGAGGUUUGCCAUCCGAGAAGGAGGGAAGACCGUCGGCGCUGGAGUGAUUCAGUCCAUCAUCGAAUGAUUUCAACGGCAGCAGCUGCUGAGUAUUGCAUAGUGAACUUGCUCUUGCCCUUUUAUUUUCCCGCAUUCAGAAAUUACCCGGGAUUGUCGUGCAAAUUAGUUCUUUUGGCUUGUUUUUCCAUAAGAACUUGAAUCAAAAUGUCAUAUAUAUCUCUUGGUUCAUCUCGAUCUCCAUUAACAUUCAUCUGUU